AUGGGGUGCGCCACCUCCAUAGAGGCGCGUCGCGACAUGCGCUGGGUGGAACCGGCAGCGGUGGCCGGCCCGCGCCCCAGCCGAAGCUUCUCGCUGCCGUCCGUCGACCGGCAACGGCUGCGGUCCAAGGCCGCGUCGGUGCUGGGCAACCUCGGCCUCGCCCAAGGCCGGCGCUCCGGCGCGACGUCGUGCAAGUACGCCACCCUGACGGUCGAGGAGAUCAUGAUGAAGUUCGAGAGUGACUGCGCCGCCGGCGCGGGGGAGAUGGUGGUGCUCGGCCCUGUCAAGGAGAUGGAGGCGCCAAUGCGGCAGAGAGUCGUCAGGCCCAGCACGCCCACGCGGACGCCGCCCAACGAGCCGGAGGUGAUCAACGCGUGGGAGCUCAUGGCCGGGCUCGAAGACUUUGAGGCGCCGACGCCGCGUGCAGCGCAUCAUCAUCAGCCGCCUGCGCCGACGACGCCGCCGUGGAUGCAGGCCGACGCGGACGUGCCCAUGGCCUUCGAGUUUGACCCAGAGAUACUGUCCGGCUUCCGGGAGGCCCUUGCCGAGGACACGUCCCGGUCCCAGCCGGUCACGUCUAGCUCGCCCACGGGUAAUGAGGAACCGGCAUCGCGGAAGGUCGCCGACGACGCCAGUGCGUGCACGCCGGUUUCGCCGGCCACCAGGGAUAUGCCGGAGCUCUCCGGCAUCGUCCGCGCCCGCAUCAACGCGUUCCAAGAAAAGAUCAUCGAGCGGAGGGCGAGCAACGGCGGCCGCGACGCGAAGGUCGCGGCAGCGGCGCUGGGGCCGCCGGGAGGGAAGCGGAGGGCGGUGGUGUACUUCACCAGCCUCCGCGGCGUGCGCAAGACGUUCGUGGACUGCUGCUCCGUGCGCAGCAUCCUGCGUAGCUACGGCGUGCGCAUCGACGAGCGCGACGUGUCUCUUCACGCCGCCUUCAAGGUCGAGCUCGCGCAGCUCCUGAAGCCGACGACGGGCAGCGCGCUCCCGCGCGUGUUCGUCGACGGGCGGUACCUCGGCGGGGCCGAGGACGUGCAGGUGCUGCACGAGGCAGGCGAGCUGGCGCGCGCGCUGGAGGGAUGCGACGCCGCGCCGGUGCGCAAGCUCGGGUGCAUGGAGGCGUGCGCGGCCUGCGGCGACGUCCGGUUCGUCCCCUGUGAGACGUGCUACGGCAGCUGCAAGAUCUUCGUCGAGGACGAGGAUGACGACGAAGGCGGCGAGUUCCGGCGGUGCCCAGACUGCAACGAGAACGGCCUCAUCGGAUGCCCCGUCUGCAGCUGCUGA